AGUUUAUAUAAAAGCCUGCCUCACCAAAAUUUUCCAUUACUUGAAUAAUCUGCGUCGACGUCGUUGAGCUAGAACUUGAAGGAAGACUUUGAAUUCUACGAAAAUUUUCCGAAGUUCAGCUGAGAAAAUAAUUCCGGUAACUUCUCGCCGUGUUCACAGAGGAUUAAACCAUGGCUCCAAGGAGUGUUACAGUAACUCAAACAGAAACUCUAGAUGCGCAAAAGAAGACUUUAGACAGAGACGUGAAACGCCCAGAGAGACAAAUCGUGUGGAUUAAUGUUUACUUCAUGGUUGUACUCCACCUUAUGGCGUUAUACGGCAUUUAUCUCAUACCCGGGACGGGCCCGCGGACUUGGUUCUGGACCUGGUUAUGUCACUUUAUUGGCGGGCUGGGAAUUACUGUCGGCGUACACAGACUUUGGUCCCACAGAUCGUACAAAGCUUCUUGGCCACUGAGGCUGGCGUUAAUGUUGAUGAACUCCCUAGCUGCACAGAACGACAUCUUUGAAUGGGCGAGAGACCACCGCGUUCACCACAAGUAUUCCGAGACGGACGCGGACCCGCACAACGCAAAGAGAGGGUUCUUCUUCUCACACGUUGGUUGGUUGUUGGUGAAAAAACACCCUGAUGUCAUAAAGAAGGGAAAACAACUGGACCUGAGUGAUUUGUACGAGGAUAAAAUCGUCAUGUUUCAGCGAAGGCAUUACAAGCUUCUCAGCACAAUUUGCAAUGUCAUUAUACCAAUUGCAGUACCUUGGUACUUCUGGAAUGAAAGUAUCUGGAAUGGAUUCUUCAUUUGCUAUGCAUUCCGUUACACCUUCACCCUUAACGCAACUUGGUGUGUAAACAGUUUUGCCCACCUUUGGGGAGCAAAGCCUUAUGAUGAGCACAUUAAUCCUUCACAAAACUUCUCUGUUGUCAUAGCAACUGGUGGGGAAGGCUUUCACAACUUUCAUCACACUUUUCCUCAGGACUAUGCCACGAGUGAGUUAGGCUCACCAAUGAACCCAUCUAAGUGGUUCAUUGACCUCUGUGCACUGUUUGGACUGGCUUAUGACUUGAAAACUAUUUCAAAGGAGGCAAUCAGAAAGCGAAGAAUACGCACUGGUGACUUGCAACAUCUGAAACACCGUGAUGACUAGACCACCAGAGAACAUAAUUGUUCAUUACAUAGGUUCCACCCAGAGUCAAAUAACUUUAACUAAUAACACUUAGCAAUCACACAACAUUGGUUUUGUCGUCUUAUUAAGACCCCAGUUUAGGCACUGACAAAUAAUAACUGAUCCAUGACCUGCAAUUAGAAGCUGAGAACCUUGCUCGAACAUUGAGACUAGAAUGAUUUUAAAAAUUGGAAAUUUAUUAGUUCAUAGUACAUUUUGCAUAAAAAUUGCUAGUUAAAUGGGACUAAUUAUAAUAUUAUUAUAGUUCACCACUAAAUUUUUUCCUAUUCUUAUUGGUUUAAAUCGAUCACGUGAUGCGAUAGUGCUCAUCCUCAGAGAGAUACUAUUAGCCCAUAGUGCCCGUCUGUGACAAUGAUUGAGCAGCUCCAUAGAAUUGUCCCAACUUUUGAGCCUUUUUUGCAUAUUUGAUUUAAUUAUCAGCUCUAAUUUUGCAGUUGACAAAAAUAAAUUAAUCUUAUGAUCCUGCCUAAUUUGUUUGUGUUAUGUUCCAGAAAAUAUCCAUACCCAUCCCUCAGAGAUUUUUUGGUUUUAAACCUCCACCCUCCCCCCAUCCCCCUGGAAAUUCCAGUUUUGGUUCAUACUUUCCUUUAAGGAAAUUGGCUUUUGAGUCUCCCCUCCCAUUUGGAAUUUCCACUAGACCUCCUCAGGGUGGGCGUGGACAUUUUCUGGAACCGCACAAUCCAGGCAGAAUUUGCUCAUCUCACAUUAAUUAAACCAGGGUUAAUCAGAAUUGUCACCCAGAAGAAAACAGAUGCAGAAAACUGUAAGCUUGGAUAAAAUACUGAUUCAUUUAUUGAAUUGCCAUGGCUGACUUAAUGGAAAACAGCUUUUUGGUUCAAAUUUAUUGCAGUUUGUUAGUCCAUAUGACAUCUGCCACAAAACCUCUUUGUGUAUGACGUAAAAAAUGGUAGCUCUUGGCUAUUAUUUAUAGAAAUGUUAAGAAGUUGUGGUAUAUAAUUGUCUCAAAACCUGGUAGGCUGUAUUUAUAGCUGUAUAUAAUAUUAUUUUGGUGGUAAUGAUGGCCAUUUAAGCCCCACAAGCUGUGAAAGCAAUAAAUAUUACAGUUUGUAAAUAAAGUUAAUUGAUUGAUUUGAUGCA